CUGUGCAUUUCCUCCUGCCUGCUGCUCCAGUAUUCAAAUGCUGCCAUUCUUUACAACACAGAGGUAGAGAGAAACUAAAAAAGAAAGAAAGUGGCGGAGUGACUCCUGGUGUUUUUGUUUUUCUAUGUAAAACGUCAGGAAAAGUGUGCUAGAUGUACAAAGAGAGAGAGAGACAGCACUGAGAAAAGACACUAACACAUCUCAUUCUCUCCGCAAACAACAGCCUCGACGCCCAGGACACCUGCCUCAUCUGACCGGGUAAGAGAAGAGACGUCUUGAGAUGAGUAGAGAAACUCUCUCAACGAAUGGCCGGACCAUCACAGACUUGCCACAUUGCCAUGGAUCUUGAGGAUGCCCGUUGACUUCCUUCUCCCUCACCUCCUCUCAUUGUCAUGGAGUCUGACCCGAACUCCCUCCGUGACCCCUACAAACCUGUGGAUGACAAUGCUGAACCCCCCGAUCUGGAGUGCGCCAUCUGUUUCUCCCAGUUCAACAAUGUCUUUAACACCCCUAAGGUACUCCACUGCAAGCACACCUUCUGCCUGGAGUGUCUUGCACGGAUGAACGUGAAGUCCACCCAACCCGACACCGUCCAGUGCCCUCUGUGCCGUGCAUACACCCCGUUACCUGACUUGGGUCUUCCCAAGCUAGCAAAUGACUCCACGGUGCUGUCUUACCUUCCGGCCGCCAUGCAGCAUGUCUAUAGCAUCCGCUUCAACCGCAACAAAGGCAAACUGCAGGUGAAGAGAGUGCCCAGCUCUGCCCCGGCCCUAACGCAGACCGUCAGCCAGACUCUGGACGUCGGGAACCCAGCGGGCUUGGAGGGUCAGCAGGGCAGAGAUGGGGGUAGAGAGAGGUCCCGGCUGAUGACCAUACUGCGAACUCCACUGUGCAAAGCUUUUAUUAUGAGCAUGGUGGCAAUAGUGACCGUCAUUCUCAGCAUUGUUUUCACGAUCAACUGGAAGUAAGCCCGAAUACUUUGUUUUUUAUAUAUACGCUAGAGCAUGCGUACAGUGGCGUAACACGAACAUCGUGUGAAGCUCCAUUUUUCCAAUGCAGUGUACAAUGUAUACACAAUUUGCACAUGUGCUUUGAAUUGUAUUUAUUUGCACUAAAUAGGUUGUCCACAAGGUGGCGACACUGGUUCUGGCAGUUGUUUCGGAGUCAUAAAAAAAAAGGAAUGAGAACAGUAACAAACUUCG